CUGAACCGGGAAGUUUUGUGUUUAAAUCUAAUUCAAUCUAAUCUUCAAGUCGGGAAUGAAAUAUUGGGUUCCUUGAGCUGCUGCAAUACAACACACGUAAACAAUGAGUUCGUCGUUCGCUAUAGCUAUUCGUCUGACAAUAAUGCUCAGCUUUUUGCCUGCCACCUUGUCUAAAACAACUUCCGAUGUGUCCAUUACCAUGGGUGGUGCAGCCAAAAUACCAUGUCCGUUCGAUGAAGGCGCUCUACGAAACAUCUACUGGUACUACCUUGAUGCAUCUGGACCCCGAAUGAUUUUAAGCCUUGUUAAGUAUGUUGAAGAAAUAGAUGAAGCCUAUACAGAUAGAGCUGGCUUGGAUAAGGACAACUCAACAUUGAUUCUUCAGGAAGUGACAAUCGAUGAUGAAGGAACAUAUCGGUGCGAUGUUGACAGACUAGAACAGCCGACACUAAUAAAUAUCACUAUUACAUUGAGUGUGUUUGUCUUAUCUCCAGGAACUCCUCCGGUGAUUAAGCAGUGUCUCCAAGAACAGCCAGACAGUUCACCCUGCACACUAACCAGUGAGGGACCUACCAACCUUACCUGUCAGUUAACCAAUGUAUACCCGGUAACCAAUCUCUCACUUGGCUGGUACCAAGAUGGCCGUGGUCCGUUGGAGGCGCCCUUUUCGAUGUCUGAAACCAAAGAGGAUGGUAGCUUUGAUCUGGAAACCAACGUCGUAGCGUUCGAGACCGGGAAAUGGUUGUGCAAUGCAUCGUAUCUCUCUGCAUAUGGUAUCGAAGAAACUUCAGCCUCUAUUUUACUCACCAUACUAGACAAGAAUGAUACAGGUAGCAUCGAUGAUGAAAUACUGGCCAACAUCGCAGAGGAAGUGACGGACGAAAGCGACCUGUCAAAGCUUGGUCGACAUCUUGGCAUUCGACAGUUCAAGUUGAAUCAAAUCAUCAAGGAGAACGAGCAAGCCAAAGACGUCUUCCCCGCCACGUCCAUGCUGUUCACCUGGAAGGAGAAGACACCCGCAGCCAAGCAAGUCCCUAAGAUGGUGAAGGCUCUGGAACAGUCGGAUAUGGAGAACCUGAUAACUGAACACUUUCCAAACGAAGCUGGAGUUACAGAUAAGAAAUUGUUUGAGCUAGCCGACAGCAUCCAAGAUGAAGAGGCCAUCGAGCAGCUUGGCAUCAACUUUGGCUUCAGGCAGUUCAAGGUGAACCAGUACCUCAAUAUGAACAAAGACCGUGGUGACCGUUCAGGGACUUCGGCAAUGCUCCUGGAAUGGAGGAAAAAGACACCUAGGACAGCCCAGAUACGGGAUCUAGUAGACGCCCUCAAGAACGCUGGUGUUGAUGGUUCAUUUAACAACAAUUGA